AUGACAGCGACGAGUCGCCACUUCCUCCUAGCGAUUGCUUUCAGUUUCAUUAUCUCCUCCGCCACCGCAGGCUCCUCUGAUGAGUACUGCGUGUACAGUCUCUACGUUCAGACCGGCGCGUUCGUGACGGCCGGAACGGACUCGAAAAUCAGCGUGGAGUUGGGCGACAAGGCCGGGAAUUCAGUGCGGGUCCCGGAGCUCCGGCAGUGGGGUUUAAUGAGCCGAGAUCACGACUACUUCGAAGGCGGGAAGCUGGACAUGUUCUCCGUGAGAGGCGCGUGCCUGGAGUUUCCGCUUUGCAGGCUUAACGUCACCUCCGACGGGUCCGGGCACUACCCCGGCUGGUUCUGCCAGUUUAUUGAGGUGACCUCUACGGGGCCGCAUCAGGGGUGUAGCCAGUCCAUCUUCCAUAUUAACUGGUGGCUCGCCGGCGAUGAGUUGUCGGUGGUUUUUGAUGCGUGUGGGUGGGCCGUUAAGCCUGGACGGCCUCUUGUUGUGCGGAAGCCCACUGCGCCUUCUCAGUCAUAGAUGUUGUGUUUGGUUGUUUUGUUCUUUAUUUUGUUUUGUUUUUGGAUUCUGUAAAUCUUCCCAAUCU